GCCCGGGCUGCUGGGGCGGCGGGCGGCCGAGGGGCCGCGCGGGGCGGCGGGGGGCCGCGGCGGCGGGGGCCGCCGGCCGACCUCGCUCUUUGUCUCCGCUCCUCCAAAAUGGCUGCGGCCGGGGCUGACAGGAGCGGGGCUGCGGCGGGAGGGACGCGGGCGCUGACAGGCGCGGCGCGGGGAGCCGGGCGCCCGGGGGCGGGGGCGGCUCUGGCCCCUGGCGGCCGGGGACUCCCCUCGCGGCGACCCCGGCGGGAGCGGGCGGGCGGCGGGCGGGGCCGGGGCGGGUGGCGCGCGCGCCCCGCCGGCCCCGCAGUGACCGCCGCCCGGCCGCCCGGGUGACCGCCGCCCCGCGACGCCGGCGAGCGCCGUGCGGGCGUGGGCGCGGGGCUGCCGGUGCGGGGCCGUCUUCGUGGCUCUCUCGCGGGGGGGAGGGCGCGGGGCUGAAACUGUUUACUGGCGGGUUCUGGGCGCGGGGCUUGGGGUGCGGCUGCAGCCCCCCGUGCGGGUGUGGGCUGGUUCUGUCCGUGUCACCUAACGAGCGUGUGCUCGGGCGUCGCUCGCGGCCCCCUCGCCCGCGUGGGAAGCGCAGAGGCGUUCGCCGAGGGAAAUGCCAGCCCCGGCCCAGGCGGGCCUCCUGAGAGCCCAGGACGGGGUCGCCGCCGCGGGGAGCAGAGCUCGCACAAAGGGCCAGGGCUGGUGGCCGAGGAAGUGGGCUUUUUGUGUAACCGAUAAAGCAGGAGGCUGCUCCGCUGGGCGGUGUGCGUCCUGUUCCAGGCUUGCAAACUGACCGCCGCCCCGACUCCCCCGGGUACCUGACUGGGGCUGAGCUGGAUGGAAGUGUCGGGAGACUCGUGUAAACCUGGAUGCCCAGCCGCGGCCUGAGCCGUGGGCUCCGCAAGGCAGCAGCGGAGGAGAGGCUGGGUACGUGGAAUCCGCCCCCCCCCCGCGCACGCGCGCGCCCCAGUUCCAGUGGGCACCUCCAGCUUGGCGUGGGCAGGCGGCCUGAGUCCCCCACCCGGCAGAAACGCGGCGUUGGUGUGAAACCUCGGGAUUCAUUAGGGAGGCAGAGGGUGCUGUCCUCUGGGUCACUCCCCGAAUGCCCACAGUGGCUGCAGGCCGGACCGAAGCAAAGCAGGACCUCACUCCGGGUCUCCGCGCGGGUGGAACCGGUCACCGGAGCCGUCAGCCGGGAGCUGUCAGGGAUCCCAGGCACUCCCGUGGGGCAGACACCCGCCCCAAGUCUCGGGUUUCAUGGUUGACUCCUGGAGCGGGGGUCGCACACGGCUGAGACCCGCUGCUUUGGGUCCGGGCUGCCCUGCGCCUGGGGAGGCAGUGGGGGUCUCUCCUGCCCUGUCACUGCCUUUCCAACCCCAUCUGCUCGCAGAUAGGGACCAGCUGAUGCGAAGAUGUUGAAGUGAGCGGCGCCGGACGUGCGGCUGUGCGGUGGGAAACACCAGUGCACGCGGGGGACGCGGGUCCCCCGGCCCCGAAGGCCCACAUCGCUUGGAUCACACCCGGCCGCUCUAGCCUGCUGCGGAUGCCACCAGGACGCUAAGAGCCGUGCCGCCGUGUCCAGCAAGGUGGCUUGUGUGUCUGGAGGCCACACCGGAGCCUUCCAGCCCUCAGGCGGCUGGGUCAGCCUCCUGCACCCCCACGUCUGCUGAUAGCCCCCCAGGAAGCAGCGAGGGGAGAGCCUGCCUACUCAGCCACACCUCCCCAGCGGGGGAAGGUGGGGCCACAGACAGGCACACACACCCCCCGCAGCCGGCAACUCUGCCCUCAGGUGACCAGGGCCGAGCAGGUCUUGCGGCUCCUCCCAGCCCAGGCCCACCCACAGAGGAGGGGACGCUGUCCACUUGUGGACCUUGGGCCCCCUGGGGACUCGGCCUGACUCCCUCCCGAUGUCUGUGGUCUUCUUGUCCCAGCGGCAGUGAGGGAAGGGGCCUGGAAAGCAGUGCCACCUCGCGUCGCGAGGAGGGAGUGUCUGGUCGUGGACGUUACAGACGCCGUGAGUGUCAGCGACAGCCCAGGGCCCGGGGCCAGCGCCGCGGACGAGCACAGCCCAGAGCAGGCCUUGCUGGCCCGUCACUGAGUAUGCGGUCACCUCCACAAACGAGGACAGCGUCAGAUGCAGUGAGGCACACGGCAGACGUCCGGGGCUGGCAUUUGGCACGUUGCCCCGCGGGAUGCCCGCGCCCCAGAACGGAGUGCCUGGCUGGGGUCCAGCUGCUCUGCUUCGGAUCCAGCCCCCUGCUGGAGGCAGACGAUGACGUCAGAAGUGUUGAGUCCCGGCCCCGAGCGCCGAUGUGGGACACCUGGAUGGAGUUCCAGGCUUCGGGCUUCAGCCCGCCAGGCCUGGUUGCUGGGGAGUGCACCAGCAGGAGGAGGCGCCACCCGCUGUGUCUGGCUUUCCAGUAGACGGAGAGUGAGCAGAUUUUAGAAUUCUUGGCGUUUCCACGUUGCCCUGUGUGGAAGGUGGCACAUUCUGUACCUCUCUUCCGUUGUCUGCCUGAAAGCCUUCAUCAGUUUGAAAAGCGCAGCCGGGGGGCAGCUGGUGGCCUAGGCCCUCACCUGCCCAGCCCGUGGCCUUCCCCAGCCAUGCAGACUCGGAGGUCAACAGAUGGUCCACGCCCCAGGGACAAACUUGUGAGCUCAUCCCCACCGUGCAGGUGCCACCACGACGCCCCAUUCUACCCGCAGCGCAAGCUGGGCAGGCUCACACCCCACAGAGCCUCCGGGUCCUUCCCCGCGCCUCCGGCUUGUGGCGGCCUCACCCCAGCCUCUGUACCUGGCCUCUGUUCUCUCCUACGGGGGCCGCAGUCCUGGGAAUUGGGAUCCACCGAAAUCCAGGAUGAUUUCAUUGCAAGGUCCCCAACUGAUUACAUCUGCACAGACCCUGCUUCCAAAUAAGGUCACGUGCUUCUGUCCUCAGUAGCCGUGAGGGAGGGAGGGGCCGCUAUCACUCCAGCUCGGGGGCUGGGGUCCCGGGGGUCCCAGGGGCCCGCGCGGCAGGAGACAGGGAGGGAUCUGGAGCAGGUGCACUGGCCCGGAUGCGCUUCCUCCCUUUCCCAGGACAGUGCCGGUGCUCAGACCUGCGCCGACUGCGCCACACAGGGAGGAGUGGAAGGUUGACGAGGUCCAGGCAGCCGCCCAAGGUCUCCGUCUCACGCAGGGGCGGGGAUGUCCUCCUGCGAGCCACAGAGGCCCCCAAGACCACGUGAUCGGGCCCUGCCAGGGCAGCCGCAGGCUGAUUGUUGGCAAUUUCAUGACCUCAGGUGAUGUCGUGAACGCCCAAGUGGCCUUUGGCAGAAGAAAGGUCCCGCACCCCUGAGGGGCAGACCCCGAGCCCAGCCCUGAGGCUGCUCCUUCCAGGCAUGAGGGCGGCCCACCCCCUCCCACGCCAGCCGCAGGACUUGCUGAGUCAGAGUCAGGUCUGCUUCCGCCACCGCCGACCCAGAUCUCAGACGGGCUGUGGGAAAGCUCUCAAGUGACACCACGGACUGCUGGCCGGCCCUGGCGGGCAGCUGAGGGAGGGCCACAGCGCGUGGGCUCUGCGAGUUGGAGGGGAGCAUGUCCACGCCCCCUCCCAGAGAGCAGGUACGGACUCGCCUCGCUUUCCGGGUGGAGAAGCUGGUGGCCGCCGGCCCCGGCCCCAGCUGGGCGGUGCGGUGCUGCCUGUCCACUUUCUAGACUCCUUGGAACCGCCUUGUUGGCUCGGUGUGUCCACUUCCUAGACUCCUUGGAACCGCCUUGUUGGCUCGGUGAAUUCCUGAGAACCUGUGCCCGGUGGGAGGUCCGCCUCCUGAAGCCUGCAGAGUCCACGGAGCCACAGGCUGUGCACGGUGCUGCUGCCAAGUACUCGUGUCCAGCGUGGGGAAUGUCGGGCUGCAGUUCUGGAGGCUGACCCCUGAAUGUCACUUAGGCCAGAAAAAAUGAGACCUGUACAAUGAGAACCCUGUCAGAGCUUCAAACCUGCACAUAAAGCAAGAAACACAGACCCACAGAUAUAGAACAAGAAACAGACCCACAGAAAGCUGCAAACACUCUUGGGAGAAACGAGAAGGAAGCAGGUGCGUCAGAUAUCUCCCAGUUCAAGACUCGGGGGACGGGCUCAACACUAAAACGAUGUCGUUUUUGGACCAGCGCCGCCAUCCCAUAGGAGCACCCCUUUGAGUCCCCGCUGCUCCCUCCUGAUCCAGCUCCCUGCCGACGCACCUGGGAAAGCAGUGGAAGACGCCCGAGUGGGCCCUGCCCUCCGUGGGAGACCCAGGUGGAGCUCCAGGAUGCUGGCUUGGUCCUCACCCAACCCAGACACCGCGGUCACCUGGGGAGUGAACCCACAGGUGGAAGACCUCUCUCCCUCUCUUCUCUGUAGCUCUUUCAAAUAAAUAGUAAACCUUAACAAAAAAUUAGCAAGCUGAGCUUCUGCCUGCUUCCCAUAGGAGACAGGUCUGCCCCAUCCCAGGUAGCAGUACAAACCCUGCAGGGACACACAACACCUCUCUGGAGUCUGCAGGCAGAAGUGAGGCGGACCCAGCCUUCAGAGGAAGGGACCAGUGCCGGGAACCGCCUGUUCUCGGCCUCCAGGCCGUGCCAGCACGGCAGAUGAGACCCUGACGGCCCUGGUCUGAGGAGCUCCAGGGAGAGCCACUGCAGUGGCAGUGAGAGGAGGGGCCAUCCCAGGAGGACAGCGCUGCAGAGGGAGGAGCCUCUGCCCGGGGUAAAGCAGCCGAGGUGAGAACAGGGCUUGGGGUGGGGGUGGGGGAGGCCACCAAGUCAGUCGCCUGCUAACAGACGAGAUCAGCACUCUUCAGGCUAACACCAGGGAACCCACGGUCGCCACACACUGUCACCGUCCAGGCUACAGUGUCACCGCUUCUCAGAGAGAAAGAGGACAAGAAGAUGGGGACUUAGCAAGGAAGGAUUCUUUCUUUUUUUCUUAAGAUUUAUUUAUUUAUUUGGAAGUCAGUUACAGAGAUAGAUGGAGAGACAGAGAGGUCUUCCAUCCACUGGUUCCCUCCCCAGAUGGCCACGACAGCCAUGGUUGGGUUGGGCCAAGGCCAGGAGCUUCUUCCAGGUCUCCCACGAGGGUGCAGGGGCCCAGGUGCUUGGGCCACCUUCUGCUGCUUUCCCAGGCCACAACAGGCAGCUGGAUCGGAGAGGAGCAGCCAGGACUCCCAGCUGGUGCCCUUAUGGGAUGCCGGUGUCCAAGGUGGUGUCCUAACCCACUGUGCCACCCGCCAGCCCUGUGGCAGGGUUCUGACACAAGAUGUGCCUUUAACAAGCCAAGAAGCGAAACGCCACAGCAGAUAACUAGGGACUAUAAAGUGGAAAUUCUAGACAUGAGACUUAAAAUAUUGUAAAUGAAAAAACUGAGUAUGCAUGAAAGAGUGAAGGAGACAGGUGGGGACGCACAGAAGCCACAGGGCCUACAGACGGUCAGGACGUCCACGCGUGCACAGCUGGAGUGACCGGCAGACAGGGCCAGGACAUCCACGCGUGCACAGCUGGAGUGACCGACAGAUGGGGUCAGGACGUCCAGGCAUGCACAGCUGGAGUGACCAGCAGACGGGGUCAGGACAUCCACGCGUGCACAGCUGGAGUGACCGGCAGACGGGGUCAGGACGUCCAGGCAUGCACAGCUGGAGUGACCAGCAGACGGGGUCAGGACAUCCACACGUGCACAGCUGGAGUGACCGGCAGACGGGGCCAGGAUGUCCACGCGUGCACAGCUGGAGUGACCAGCAGCCGGGGUCAGGACGUCCACGCGUGCACAGCUGGAGUGACCGGCAGACGGUCAGGACGUCCAGGCGUGCACAGCUGGAGUGACCGGCAGACGGGGUCAGGACGUCCACGCGUGCACAGCUGGAGUGACCAGCAGACGGGGUCAGGACGUCCACGCGUGCACAGCUGGGGUGACCGGCAGAAGGUCAGGACGUCCAGGCGUGCACAGCUGGAGAGCGCGUUCUGGGUGAGGCAGAGCAUCAUGCAACAGCCAGGAUUGGGCCAGGCUGAAGCCAGGAGCCAGGAACUCCAUCCUGAUCUCCCGCACGGAUGGCAGAGGCCCAGGCACAUGGGCCACCCUACGCUGCCUUCCCAGCACCUAGCAGAGAGCUGGGAUCGAUCCGGCCCGCUGUGUGGGACAGAUGCCCCUGUGGAGGGCGUUUGCCUGAGCAACCAGGUGACAGGGACGGCUGCCAGGGGCACAGCAGAGACAACGUUCCUGUCUUGGUGGACGGGGAGCCGUGGACUGAGCAGCCCACAGGCAAAGCUCCACACAGGUGAGAUCCCACAGGUCAGUGUCACAGCGCCAGGCCCAGGCUGAGCGCUGAGCCCCAGGAGGAGCCCAAGGGAGACGCAGGCGCAGCCAGGCACAGGCGGCUUAUGGGGCUUAGCCUCCCGCAGGGCCCUGGUGACCUUGACUGCUGUGGCUGCCGCACGGCAGCCUGAGGGGCGGGUAAUAGCAGUGUGGAGGACUCCCGUGGAAUUCUACCGGAAAGGGGAGCAGAGAUGGAGGCAGCCAGCCAGGGAGCUAUUGUGGGGAGCAGGGUAGGAGCAGGCAAAACCACAGAUCACUCCCUAGAAAGGGGAGGAGUCAGCCAGGGGAGGGGGGCGGAGGGGAGCAAGCGUGGCCAGGAACACACUCACCUACUCCCACCUGAGGGAGCCAGACCUUCUUGGGACAAAACCAGAGACUGUAACACAGUGAGGUCACCCGAUGCACUCGCGGGGGGGGGGGGGCAUCGUGAGUGAAUUGUUACUGAGAGGCACGGCUGACACCGGCCAGGGAGGGCUUCCUGGAAGAAGCAGGCGUACGGACAGAAAUCAGCCAGAGAGAGGGGAGGGGGUGGGUCUUCAGAAAGGACCGUGGGCUGAGUGGGGGCCUGCAGCGGGGGAGAAUGAGGGCGGCACAGGCCAGGUAGGGGAGGGGCUGUGUCUGCGGUGGCCUGGAGCUGAGGGCACCCACCCUGCACACCCAGGAGGGAGGGGGCGGGGCGCUCCCCUCACUGAAGACCACCUGCUGCUUCUGGCAAGGGUCCUCUGCACCCACAGAGCUGUGCCGGCCCAGCCGUGUGGCCGCAUCACACAGGAUCCCAUCGAUCACAGAGGAUCCCAUCGAUCACAGAGGAUCCCAGCACUCACACAGGAUCCCGUCGAUCACACAGGAUCCCAUCACUCACACAGGAUCCCGUCGAUCACACAGGAUCCCCAUCGAUCACACAGGAUCCCAUCACUCACACAGGAUCCCUAUCACACAGGAUCCCAUCAAUCACACAGGAUCCCAUCACUCACACAGGAUCCCAUCGAUCACACAGGAUCCCAUCACUCACACAGGAUCCCCAUCGAUCACACAGGAUCCCAUCACUCACACAGGAUCCCAUCACUCACACAGGAUCCCAUCACUCACACAGGAUCCCCAUCGAUCACACAGGAUCCCAUCACUCACACAGGAUCCCCAUCGAUCACACAGGAUCCCAUCAAUCACAUCACACAGGAUCCCAUCACUCACACAGGAUCCCAUCGAUCACAGAGGAUCCCCAUCAUGCAGGAUCCCAUCACUCACACAGGAUCCCCUCACUCACACAGGAUCCCCUCACUCACACAGGAUCCCAUCAAUCACAUCACACAGGAUCCCCAUCGAUCACAGAGGAUCCCCAUCAUGCAGGAUCCCAUCACUCACACAGGAUCCCAUCACUCACACAGGAUCCCAUCACUCACACAGGAUACCAUCAAUCACAUCACACAGGAUCCCCAUCGAUCACAGAGGAUCCCCAUCAUGCAGGAUCCCAUCACUCACACAGGAUCCCAUCACUCACACAGGAUCCCAUCAAUCACAUCACACAGGAUCCCCAUCGAUCACAGAGGAUCCCCAUCAUGCAGGAUCCCAUCACUCACACAGGGUCCCAUCACUCACACAGGAUCCCAUCACUCACACAGGAUCCCAUCGAUCACAUCACACAGGAUCCCCAUCGAUCACACAGGAUCUCCAUCAUGCAGGAUCCUCAUCACAGUGAUCCCCAUCACACAGGAUCCCCACACCCAGUGGCGGAAGACAGGCGCACACAGUGGAAAGCCAGCAGCCACUGGCGGUUUGGCCUCCAUGAGCUGGUGCCCCGUCCUGUUUGGCUUCCUUCUGGAACCUUCUAUGCCUGCGGUGUUCUGACCAUGAAGGGAAUGGCCUGUUUCUUCAUGCCCCUCCUGAGUACUGGGCCUGUAUCUGGUGCACAUUUCGUACAAACCAUCCCCAGCUGGACAGAGAGCAAACAGUCUGCCGCGACACGAGUCGCCUAACUCAAGGCCCUCGGGAACCCCCAGUCCCCCCGGGCCAGUCUCUCCUGGCCACCAGCACCUGUCCCCUGCUCCUCCAGGGUGCACAGGGCUUUGGGACGUGGAGCUCCACGUCUUGCUGGUUAGUCCUCACGUCUGUCAGCCCGGGGCUCACCCCCACAGGCCCACAUCCUCUCUCCCUGCCUCCUCUGCCCUCGCGUUCCCCUCGGUCACUGGCCACCCACUUCACCGCUGCUUCCUUCUCCACGAGGGCAGCCCCAGCCUGGUUUCCCCUCACUUGUGUCACCCAGGGCAGGGCUGUCUGUGGGGCUUGAGGAAGAAGGGGUUCCUGCGAGGGCAGAGAAGGGGCUGGGCAGGACUCUGCCACCCUCUGACUGCCCAGACUGAAGAGGGCGUCAGGCUGUCCCAGGCACAGGUGAGGGUCAGGUCCGCUUCUGACUGUGAGCUGGCUUCCAGGAGAUAACGCACAGGCGUGGGGACAGAAGUGACUGGCACUCUGGAGAGCUCCAUCUGCAGAGUGGCAUCGGAGGCGGCGUCCAGUUGGGCCAUCGGUUGCUGAGGCCUUAGCUUGCGACGUGCCAAGAAGUAAGGGCACACCUGCCCCAGCAGAAGCCAUUGAGAUGGCAAAGACUCAGGGAGUCCUGCUGAGCAGAGAGGGGGUCCCUAAGGCUUUCCACAAGAUGCCAGAGCACCUUGGUCCUAGCCAUUCCCGUGGCCACAACACAUGCUGGACGAGCUGGCACGCUGAGCCCAGAACACCAGGGAGAGGCCCAGAAGGCAGCACUCACUAAGACUUCAGUCCCAACUGCAGCCCCCUGUGUGCAACCCAGCCAAUCACUCCUCUCCUCUGAACCAACCCACAAAGAGAAGGAGGUGGUGAUGAGGCAAGAAGCUGAGAGGCCACCCACACUGAAAAAGAAGAUCUAGUCUCCGCAGAUCACGUGACUGUGCACACAGAGCCUAAGGAAGCCACUCAAGAACUCACAGUGGAGUUGAGUAAGGUUGCAGGAUACAAGACUGAUCUAUGAAAAUCUGUUGUAUUUCUACACAGAAGGGAACAACCCAAAAAUGGAAUUAAGAAAAUAAUGCCUCAGGAAUAAAUUUAACAAAGUGAGUGCAAAACAGGUGUUCUGGAAACUAUAAUGCAUCGUUGAAAGAAAUGAAAGACCUUGCUAACAGAAAGAUAGCCUAUGUUCAUGGAUUGGAAGACUGAAUACUGUUAAGAUGGAAAUAUCCUUAUUAUUGACUUUUAUUUGCUUCAUCCCUGAUGCCACUGGCACGUGAGAUUCAACAUAAUCCUUAUCAAACUCCCAGCUGCCUCUUCACAGAAAUCGGUCCUUUAGUUCACAUGGAAAGUCAAGGGGUUCAGUGCCCACAGGGCAGCAAACGGCUGGCCCUUCUCUCACUGGCCAGACCAACACCAUGACCGCACCUGAGCCAACCGCUGAGUCGGGAGUCAGUUCUGCCGCCUCCCUCAGCCCCCUAGUUUUCACCUCUCUUGGAGGCUGAAGUUCGCAAAAGGGACGGGGGUUGGGGCUGGCACCGUGGGACAGUGAGCUAAGCUGCCAGCCUCCCGCUUCAGUGUGAAGCCCCUGCUGCUUGUCCCUGACUCAGCACCCAGCUAGUGCGCCCGGGAAAGCAGCAGACGACAGCACAAGCACCGGGCUCCGGGCUCGGCUCUGGCCCAGCCCCAGCUUCUGUGGCCAUUUGGGCAGCAGAUCAGCAGAUGGCAGCUCGCUCUCCCCCCUCUCAUUCUCCCCUUAAAACCAAACAAAACCCUUGAGAGAGGGGGCAGGGGUCACAAGUUCCUAGGCUGGGGCAAUGAAGGCUGGUGAGCCUGAAGGGCAGCCUUGCCCUUCCUGCUGGGGGUCUUAGGUCUGGGGUCUGCUUAGCCCUAGAACAGGCAGCCCCUCAAGCCAGCUCCAGAGGGAGGCUUGCGACAAAGACCCUCCGUGCCGCCAGAGGCCCCCAGUGUUUCCAUGGGCCUAGCCUUGGAGAUGCCCCUGGGGCUGCACCUGUGCCCCCCCACCAUGUGCAGGGCCACCAGCUUCAGCCUCUACCCCACACAGGACUGGCUGGCCCAGCUGGACAGCGGCUUCUCUGGCCAGCUGACCAUCCUGAGCACCAAUUCAGCAGGGCACUGGGUGGGCACUGAGUCCAAAGAACAGGACCAGGGCCGUGUCACCCUCCGCAGGGGGCCUUCACUCUCCACAAACUGGCACGUGGGGCCACCCUGGGGGCCGGCCCCAGGAUGGAGCCCUGCAAACGAGCCUGGCUCAGACCCUGCUCCAGCUGAGCAGCCUGAGUGGGGCAACCGCGGGGCUCCUGCUGUCGGUCCCAGGCCAGAUCAUGCUCGCCCAGGGGACCCCAACCACUGCCGAGCAAGGCUGUCCCACCCACGUGGGCCCCCUCCCAAGGCCAGCCGGUGCUGCGGGAGCCCCUGCCCAGCUGGCUCAGACUUCGCUGGGUCCCCACCCUACCCGAUCGGCUUCCUCCCUCCCUCCUCUCAGGAACCUCUUGCUACCUCAGCAUCUGCUUCCCAGAGGACAAACGAGCUGAGACCAGGAACAGAGCAGCGCAGACAAGAUGGGCUCCGGACAGGGUCACUGCCCCCAGCCGGCGCUGCGGGCACACACAGCUGGCCCAGGCUUUUCCUCCAAGGAUGACCCGGGAGAAGAGGCCGGUGCAGGGGCUGGGGGAUGGCACCAGCCAGCGCCACGAUUCAGACCGUCCCAGGUGCCUGAGACGUGUGGGGAGGGCUGUUGACCAGGCUGCACUGCCGGAGAGGAAUGACGGCAAUUAAACAAUUGAAAACCAA